UGAAAUGAAAUGUAGAAAUCAUCAACUUUGAUGGGUCUUUGCAAGCUUUCUGUUUUUUAUGAUAUUAUGUGAAAGGAACUUUUUUCAUUUGCUAGGUUGUUCCACAUGGUGCUGGCCUUUACUUGACACAACACUAUUCCAGAAUCAGGUGAAGAUUUUUCAAAAUAGAUCUAUCAAACUGAUGAAGCAAAAAUAUGAGGCUGAGGCUCAGAUGGUGGCACAUGUGUCUCAGGGUCUGAAAGUCCCGGUCCAAGUCCAUUCCAGGAAUAUCUAGCAGGACACUUAAGUGUAGCACCACAUCUCCUUCAAUGGAACUGAAUUUCAGGGGCAGAGCACAGCAGAUUUUCACUGCUGUUUAGCAUUAUUGACGGGGGACGAAUCUCUAGAUACCUGUCUGUCAAAUGAACUGUCAUGGUUGCACUGGCUGCCUCAGGUGGAUGUGGUGCAUCCACUGCUCUCUUCUGCAGCAAGGGGAGUUACCACUGGUGUUACAGUCAAUACUUCUUCAUCAAUUAAUGUCACUCAAAUUAUCAGUUGCUUAUUUGAGCUUAAUAAAAUUUGGCCAUAUUACCACAGAACGCACCCUUGAAAAAUACUUCCUUGGUUGUAGAUUGCUUAAGGAUGAGUGGAGGCUGUGUAUGGUGCCUCACAAAUGUAAGUCUUUCAAAUUAAUAGAGGAUAAAAUUAGCAUGUGGGAGUAGCAAUCAGAAGGGAUGCAACUGAAUUUUAUGGUGCCAGCUCUUGAUUCAGACAGCAGUGAUUAAACUCUGUGAAUCAUGACCUCUCCCUGCAUCACCCUUAUCUUCUCCUGUCUUUCUCAGACAGCACGUCAUGUAUUUCCAUAAUUGUCCUGUAAUUAUCAUCAUUACAGAGACCACAUAACUCAGAGCAUCUCUUACUGAUGGAUUCUCUAAAGUACCACAAAUGGUAAUCAUACUCUUUAUUGAUUUAUACAUCUGACAGGGCACUGGCACCAGUUGAGACAACUCCUCUUUGAAUUUAGAUCUCAAUUAGUAGCUGCAGGAAAUUAUCCAAAUUUAUCGGAUCAUCAAUCUAGUCCUCACCCACCCUCUCUCUUCCUUAAAUUAAAACAUAGAAAAUGCAUUUAAUGUUUCAGUUAAGAGACCAUUUGUCAGUCUCUUUCCACAGAUGAUGCCUGAACUACUGAGUGCUUUCAACAUUUUUAGUUUUAUUUCAGAUUUCCUGCAUCUACAUGUGGUGUUGACUUCCAGCUCUUGGUUAAUUGACCCCAUCCUAAAAUCAUCUCCCCUUUGCUGGUUUCAUCAAGGGGUGGGUGAUGAUAUCUGAGGUGGUUGCCCUCCGUUUUGUGGUAAUUUUUUUCACAUAUAUGUCAAUAGUGGGUAUAAAUCAGGCUGCUUAACAAUGAAAACCAAAGACUGACUAUUUACUUACAUCAAGAUAAACUUUAUUCAUAAUGAAAAAUUUACUGAUGUGCAACGCCUUUUCAUUCUUGCAUUCAUAGUUAAUGCAUUAAGUACUGUUCUAUUACUUUCUUAAAACCAAUAGCACUGUUGCCACUCAUGUGGUCCCUGGGAUGGUGAAUUACUGCAAUGUGGCUUCCUCAUCCAACCCUGUUCUUCCCUUUUCAGUCACAGAAAAAAAACCCUAUACUGUGAUCCUUCCCCACCGGGCCCCUGCUGUGGCUGCACCAAACUUCAGUGCCUUCCCUUCAGCACAAACUCAUGCAUCCUGGAUCGUCCCAGUCGGCAGCAUUCCUCCACGGACAUCUUGUAAGCAGGCUGAAGAGGUUGGAUUUCCAAAAACAGCUACAGAUCAGAGGAUGGAGCUUUCAGCCCAGAUGGAGAUCUGCUUGACUAUUUGCUUCACAGUGGAGUUAUUGAGAGGAAGGAUGGUCUGCUGGUUACCUGGUCCCAUGGUGCAAACAGCAAGCAGCAGAUGGAAGAAGCCCUGAAAAGUAAUUCCAUGGUCCUGGAAGCUGAUGUCAACAUUGAAGGUUUCAACACUCAAAACGAGACUGGUAUUCCUAUCAUGGCUCACCCACCUGAUGUCUACAGUGACAACACCCUUAACGAGUGGCUGGACGCUGUUUUCAAAUCCAAGAAAGGUAUGAAGCUGGAUUUCAAAAGCAUUGAGGCAGUAGACCCUUCCUUGGACAUCCUGCUGAAGAAAUCGAAAGAAAUCGGCAUCAACAGACCAAUUUGGUUAAAUGCUGACAUUCUGAUUGGCCCAAACGUUCCAGGAUUCAUUAAGCCUGUCAAUCCUUCCAGGUUUCUGAGUCUUAUUCAGCAGAAGCUCCCAAACGUCACCCUCUCCCCAGGCUGGAUGACAUUUUACUUACCGUUGAUUGCAACCCAACCCUACACCCGAAGGAUGGUGGAAGAGAUGUACAACUUGGUCAAAGGUUUACCACAACGUGUCACAUUUCCUGUCAGAGCUGUGCUCUUGAAGCAAGCCUGGCCACAUUUUAGUUGGCUGCUCAGCCAGUCACCAAGGUACAGCCUCACUCUCUGGCAGGGAUCUAUUGAUUCCAUCACUGUGGAAGAUCUCUUAUUCUUCAGAGACAACAGCAACAUUGAACAAAUCUAUUACGACAUUUAUGAACCAGUUUUGUCAGAAUUCAAAAAAAUUGCAUUGCAGACAAAUAGAAGCCGAAGGUUUUACCCUGGCGGGAAACUACUGGAUUAUUUUCCCCAUCAAGAUAUUGGAGAAUUGCAGGUCCAUUGGUUUGACAUUGGAGCCACAUUUUCGGACUUGUCAGAACUUCUUCAAGGGAACGCUGGAGGAAUGCUUGUCCUGAAUGUGAAGAGUAAAUUCGGUAGUAUUCUAAUGGUGGAAAGUUCCAAACGUGGAUCAGAAUUCCUUUUGGAAGAGGUUCUAAAUCAGGUCUUACGUUCAUCAAACCAGUGGAGCGUUUACCUAAAGAUACUCUCCACUCGGACACUAGCUCCAACUCUGUAUUUGCUUUAUGAACUUUACACAGAGCACCUUCUCCACAUACCUGUCUGGAUCAGCAUGGAAGUCUCUUACGGCAGCUUCAGCACACCGGGGUAUAUUGAAGGAAGCCAAUUCAUCAAUACCAUCAAUAAAAUAUUUCCUUUUGUAACUAUAGCUCCAAGCUGGCCAGCUGAAGCACUUAACCAUGGUUACACAGAACCCUUGGUGGAAGACAUGCUGAGUCUUUGUCAGGGGUUGUGGCAAACCCUGUCCUUCCAGCUCCAGGCUGUUCCGUUGUCUAAAUCGUGGCAGGCAACCUUCAGACUGCUGCAGGCUUCCCCCAGCUACACUCUGACAGUGGAACACCUACAUACACAGGGCACAUACGCAGACGCGUUUCGAGGACUGAUCAACAUCCGAAUGCACAGCAGCCGUCGGAUUUACUACCGUUUACCUCCAGAUUAUAGAAACAAUUUUGAGAUUGAUAUUUUUACUUCAUAAAUGUGAUCCCCAACUCUCUGUAUUCAUAGUCACAUAUUCCAGGUACUCAGGCAAGCAAAUCAAUUACGUUCUAAAUCAAUAAAUUCUUGGAUGGAACCACUGAAUUGGAUGGUUAGAACCCAGCACAGAUGCAAGCUGCACUCUUCUUUCAUUUCUCAUUACGUUAAUAUACAUUAGUAUUUAAGCUUUUGAUACAAAAGUUAAUUUUCUGGACAUUGAUUGUAAAAGCCUGAUGAAUAGUCUGCUAGGUUUAAAGGAUGAUGUGCAUUUGAUUUAUCCAGACAGGUUUACUUACUCAUUGAGUUGUAAUCCCAUUAGACAAAUUGUUCUACACUGCAGACCUUGGUUGCUUGCUCUUACUGUCCAUGUCAAGAUUCAAGAUUGUUUAAUGCCAUUUCCAGUACACAAGUGUAAAGCAGACAAAAUAAUUGUUACUCUGGAUCCAAUGCAGCAAAAACAACACAUGCACUAAUAAAAAAAACAGUAAAUAUAAAUACAUAAGAUAGUU